AGCGGAGUACAUAUAAGCUUUGCGACAGUGUGAGUGCUAACCGGCAGUGCGAGUGUGAUGUUGUUAUUUAGCUGUCGUUAUGGCAAGUCUAGCGGAUGUCGGCUGGAAGCUGCUGGAGUUCAAAGCCAGAUCUAAGCGAUCAGGCUCCAUCUAUGAACCCCUUAAGCUAUCCAUACUGCACCGGGAGGAUGAGCCCCUUUGGGAGAAACUUGACCGCUACUAUAGCGCAGUCAAGUGCACCAUUCUGAAUUAUCAGAGCCCUACCACUGGUCUGUUCCCAGUGAAGACCUGUUCCACCUGUAAGGAAGCUAAAGUCAGAGACUCCCUCUACUGCGCUGCCAGUAUCUGGGCACUGGCACUGGCAUACAGGCACAUUGACGAUGACAUGGGCCACACUCAUGAACUGGAGCACUCUGCUAUCAAGUGCAUGCGGGGGAUUAUGUACUGCUACAUGCGGCAGUCUGAUAAGGUGGAAAAGUUUAAGCAGGACCCGAGUCCGUCCACGUGCCUGCACUCAAUAUUUAACGUGCAGACUGGAGAUGAGGUUUAUUCAUAUGAAGAGUACAGCCAUCUACAGAUUGAUGCCUUGUCUCUAUUUCUGUUGUACCUGGUUGAAAUUAUUUGUUCUGGCCUACAAAUAAUCUACAAUACAGAUGAGGUAUCAUUCAUCCAGAAUCUGGUGUUCUGUGUGGAGAGAGCGUAUCGUGUGCCAGACUUUGGCAUGUGGGAGCGGGGAAGCAAAUAUAACAAUGGAAGCACAGAACUGCACUCCAGCUCGGUGGGACUAGCCAAAGCAGCUCUGGAAGCCAUCAAUGGAUUCAACCUGUUUGGAAAUCAGGGAUGCUCCUGGUCAGUCAUUUUUGUGGAUCUGGAUGCUCAUAACAGGAACAGACAGACUCUGUGCUCUCUCCUGCCGAGGGAGUCUCGUUCCCAUAACACAGAUUCGGCCCUCUUGCCCUGCAUCAGCUACCCAGCGUUCGCCGUGGAUGAUGAUGCUCUAUAUUCCCAGACUCUGGACAAGAUAGUCCGCAAGCUGAAGGGCAAGUACGGUUUCAAGCGCUUCUUACGGGACGGCUAUAGAACAGCCAAUGAGGACAAGAACCGCAGGCACUACAAACCUGCCGAGAUGAAGCUAUCUGACGGGAUCGAGUGCGAGUUUCCUCUGUUUUUCAUCUAUAUGAUGAUUGAUGGUGUGUUUAGGGGAAAUCCUGCCCAAGUCAAGGAGUACCAGGAACUGCUAGAAGCUGUCAUCUUCCAGUCCUUUGAGGGCCACGCUGUUAUUCCCAAGUAUUACUAUGUGCCGGCAGACUUUGUAGAGGCUGAACAGAAGAAUCAUGGCAGCCAGAAGCGCUUCCCCAGCAACUCAGGGCGUGAUGGGAUGCUGUUUCUCUGGGGACAGGCCCUCUAUAACAUCGCUAAGCUGCUGGUGGAUGGUUUGAUCAGCCCAAAAGACAUCGACCCCAUCCAUCGCUAUGUGCCACGACAGGAUCAGAGGAACGUCAGCAUGCGGUACUCCAAUCAGGGUCCCAUUGAGAACGAUGUGGUCAUUCAUGUGGCCCUGAUAGCAGAAAGUCAAAGAUUGCAGGUCUUCCUCAACACCUAUGGCAUCCAAACUCAGACCCCACAGCAGGUGGAGCCCAUUCAGAUCUGGCCCCAGAAAGAGCUGGUGAAGGCAUACCACUUUCUUGCUAUCAAUAAGAAGCUCGGUUUGAGUGGGAGACCAGAGAGGCCUGUUGGCUGCAUUGGCACUUGCAAGAUUUAUCGAAUCCUUGGAAAGACUGUGGUCUGCUAUCCAAUUGUCUUCGAUCUUAGCGACUUCUACUUGUCCCAGGAUGUCAUGCUUUUGAUAGAUGAUAUUAAGAAUGCCUUGCAGUUUAUUAAGCAGUACUGGAAGAUGCCAGGCCGACCUCUCUUCCUUGCCCUUAUCAGAGAGGACAACAUUAAGGGAAGCCGCUUCAACCCCAUCCUGGACAUGCUGGCGUCUUUUAAGAAGGGAAACAUUGGAGGAGUCAAAGUUCACGUGGACAGACUUCAGACCCUGAUAUCAGGCGAUGUGGUGGAACAAUUGGAUUUCCUUCGUGUCAAUGAAGCUGAGAUCCCAGAGUUUAAGAGCUUUGAGGAGCUGGAAUUGCCCAAGCACUCGAAAGUGAAACGUCAAACCAGCACGCCGAACGCCUCUGACCUGGAGGAGCAGCCCGAGAUCAACACUGAGGAAUGGCUCCAUAAAUCCACAUUUGAGAUUCUACAGAAAUUCAAUGACUGUGACUGUCUGGCCAGUCAAGCCCAGCUGGCCAGUAUUCUCCUCAAAAAAGAAGGCCCUGACUUCUUCGAUAGAAACGAGAAUCUUAAAGAUGACUUGGAGAGAUCGGUGCGUAGUGCUGCGGCCGUUAUCCAGAAGUUUGCCGGUUCUAUAGCUCCCCAUAUAACCACUAUGUUGGUCCAUGGCAAGCAGGUGACUCUUGGCCUGUUUGGGCAUGAGGAGAUCGUGAUCUCUAACCCCCUGUCUCCAGGGGUCAUUAAAGACAUCAUAUACAGCAAGUGCAGCCCCCAUGGCGAGCGAGAGGCCGUGCUGCAGCAGGAGCUCGUCAUCCACAUUGGCUGGAUCAUCUCCAACAACCCAGAGCUGUUCAGUGGCAUGCUGAAGAUCCGUGUGGGAUGGAUUGUUCAAGCCAUGAAGCAUGAGUUGAAGAUUCGUGCUGGGGACAUGCCACCUCAGGACAUCUACCAGAUGUCCCCUAGUGAUGUCAAACAGCUCCUGCUGGAUGUCCUCCAACCUCAACAGACUGGCAGAUCAUGGCUCAAUAGACGUCAGAUCGAUGGCUCCCUCAACCGCACUCCUCUUGGCUUCUAUGACCGUGUUUGGCAAAUCCUGGAGAGAACACAUAAUGGCAUCAUGGUUGGAGGAAAACAUCUCCCUCAGCAACCUACUCUAUCAGAUAUGACCAUGUAUGAAAUGAAUUUUUCUCUGUUGGUGGAAGACACAUUGAAGAACAUUGUUUUGCCUGAGUACAGGCAGAUCAUUGUGGAGCUGUUGAUGGUGGUGUCAAUUGUGCUGGAAAGAAACCCAGAGUUGGAGUUUCAGGAGGCUGUGGAUUUGGACCGUUUAGUUAAGGAUACCUUUGCUGACUUUCAGAAAGACCGCAGCAGACUGGAUGGAUCUGAGAAACAGGACAACAUGGAGGCCUUCUACAACACACCAGCCCUGGGGAAACGAGGCACGUCCAGUUACCUCACCAAGGCAGUAAUGAUCCAGCUGCUGCAGGGAGAGGUGAAGCCCAGUAAAGAUGACCCGUGUUCUGUCAGCUAACGCACCACACACUCCUGUCAACCUUACUUAGACUGCCAUACAAGCCCAGUCAUGCUAACAUAGGAUUGUUUUUGUCUGGAAUAUAUUAUAUAGCAUAUAAAUAAUAAAAAAAAAUUCUUUCAGGACCUUGCUCACAUUUGCAGCUAUUUAAAAAAAACCAGUUUACCUACCACAGCUUACUGAGCAAGAACCAUUAAACUUGAACCACGUGCCUCAUUUUAAAUGAUUAAUUUAAGGUCAAAAUCCCCUAACAUCAUCCAGUAAGGUACUGAACUAACUGCAUGUCAUUAUUUCAGGAUGUGGUCGAAUAGAGUGUUGUAGAUUUUGUCGGUUAUGAACUUAAAUGCGAAGCUAGAAGCUGUUUUGCAAGUGUUUUUAUUUUGCAAGCAUUGAUUGUUAUGUAGUGUGCAAGUUGAUCUUCACUUAAUGUAGUUUGUUUUUCAUUUUGAACCUUUUGUCAGUUUACUUCAGAGCUUUUGACUACUAGUUAAUGUAUCAUGUAGCACUUGCCUUUAUGUAUGUUUGAAUGGUAUGAAAACAUGUUUUCAUGUUUUCACCAUGUUCUUAAACAGUAUGUUCAGUCCAUUAGUACUGAAGAAAAAUAUAUAUUGAAAAA